AUGACAGAUUCAGAACUCUAUAUCCUUGGGAUGAGCCCUGGGGAUUUCUAUAGCCAGAGCCAGAGAGACAUCGAAUGGGAGCUGAACAGCCGACAUCCCCAAGAUAUCGAUGAUCAGACCCUCCUGGACCUCUACACAAAGUGGCUUGCAAAGCAGGCUCCCUUCCUGGGUCUCACAAAUCAUAAGGCCUCUUCUAAAGUCAUCCGGGAUGCCUGCGACUAUCUCAGCUCUAGAAAGUACGAAAAAUGCCGUGUGAUCAACGCCUUUUCUCAGCACAAGAACGACUACCUCAAAGACCGAUCUGGAGGCGUUCGGACUUUCAACCUUGCAAGAAGAGACAUCGAGAUCAACUACAAAUUGUCGCCUCGUGCCCGACAAGAUUUGAACACUCCGUCUAUCCUCAAAGACGCAGCCUCGACAGUGGAUCUGAUAGAUUUGCCUCAAUCUGCUAGAGUUUCCACCCAAGCGAGCGAUCCAACCCCGGGGACUCAAGAGCCAGGAAACGUCCGCCCCGACCCUGACGAUUCCCGUCUCAGUCUUCGACAGAAGCUCAUUUCCCGAUUGGACCAGCUCAAGUCCAGAACGCUACCACCAGAGAAGGCGUCUGGUAAUUCCUCCUUGAACGAGCAAGCGCCGCCUGCGGCCUAUGCCACUUCUUUCAGAAUUGCCCCUCGCAUGAUCCGCUCCUUCCAAAGAGCUACGUUUGCCGCCUCUGUGGCGAGCGUCGAAGCCACUUUGUCCAAGAUUGUCCUCGGAACCAAGCGACCAGCCUGGCACUCCAGCUCUAUUGGCCGAGCAAAACCAGCUUCUGCCAGCCAAAGUUCGAGUGUCAAUGAACCCUACAUGAACGAGGAGCGAGCACGAUAUUUGCAAACCAACCCAGGCAGUGAUCUAUUCAAGUCACCCAGCUUCCUAGUGUCAGGUGGAGGCCCUCUCAAAUCCGGGAGCAACUCUAAGCCAGUCAGAAGUCGCCCUCGUUCUUCCUCGUGUCGCCCUAUCGACUCGCACUUUGCCGAUGAUAAUUAUCGUCCUGAAAGACCCCGCCAGCGCAUCGACGCAUAUCGCCCCAACGGACCUCGUCAAUCUAUCGAUACAUACCGUCCUGAUACGUCUCGUCGUCUUGAUGAUACACACCACUCUAAUGAACAUCGACAGUUCGAUCUUACGUAUCGUCCCAAAGAAUCGGAGAAACUGGGCCCGUCGUGUCUGAAGAGAAACACGGAGCGGGUUCCAGCGUGGAAUGUGGGCGAGAAAGAGGCGAGGGUUCGAUCCAAGUUGACCAAAAGGCGCACCGACGGCAGGCUCUCGCCUUGGGACGAUAUACAGAGACCAUCGAAGAGACAGCGGCAAGAGGACCCCUUUGCCGGCGGCUUGCCUUGGGAUGACGACGACAAGUCCCCCAAGGUGGUACAGCAAACUGCUUCCGUUGACGAACCGGUUCAUAGGCUUGUGUCUGCCAAGCAAGACUCGGUUGUCGACACAAAGGCGAAGCAAGUAGACACAUUGGGGGAUGUUUCCAUGGAAAUAGACGGGACUAUGGAUUCAAAUGGGGCCACAGAGCCACGCGAAUCAACCGAUAUGCAGUGGAAACAAGCCAGUGUUGAUGCGGAUGACUUUCUUGAGGCGUUGGAGGGAGAGAUCCUCUUUCAAUCGAAGCCAGAAGUCACUGACCACAUGGCCGUCACUAAGCCGGUCGAUGGAAGUGAGAUCCUGCAAUCUUCUUCCUCGCCAUCUGGGACUCUGGACGACCAGUGUGUUGUACCCGAAAACCUCGGUACUAUUGAUUACGACAACGAAGACGAUGGCGACGAUGACGUCUAUAUGGAGGACGCCCCUGAGGAUUUGACCCAAGCUCUAAGUAGCCCCAUUGAGACGAUCCAUGACUCAUCUCAUAUUGAGGAGGUCAUUGUUCCAUUGCAAACCUUGAAGCCUCUCUGGAGAGACCCCCCAUACGACCGUGCCGUCUUGGUUCUGUUCCGAGGCAGGGAGCACGAGAACGUUUACGUCAAUAUUGCUCGCCGACGCACCGCUAUUGAGAUGUAUGAUACCGAAGAGGAGGAACGCUCCGCCACUUCGAAAAGGAGCGAGUAG